UGCAGCUAAGCCUUAGCUGGUUUUGGAGCCGGGGUGGAUUGCUAGGGGAUGUAGCAUAAGGCAGCAGCCUUCUGCUCUUGCUGCUGUCCCUGAAAAGGGCAGGAAAUUUCCGAAAUUUUGCAAGGCGUCACUUGCUUUACUGGGCUUUUACAAAUAACUUCCUUAAGUGUCAACAUACUUUCCUCAAAUUUUCCAAUGGGAAAAGCCUGGAAGCAGAACCUCAAGAUUUCCCUAUGGCUCAACACUUUGGGAAGUAAGAAGAAGCCCUGAUUCAUUACAGCUUCAAAAUUCAUAACUUUGGGCGUUUCGUAAUUCACUUUGGCAUGACUGGGUGGCGUUGGCUCAGCCAACAGGGGUGGUCCCACUCCCGGCUUUGCCUGCGGGCGUGCACAGGCUCUCGUUCGGCAAGCCUGAGUUUUCCCAUUGCAUGGAUAGGAGUAGAGGGAAGGGUGGAAUGGGUUGAUGUUUAAUGAAUGGAUUUGCUUUGUGAGACCCACAGAAAUCCUGUCAGAAGAUGUGCCCUGCCGGGGCAGGAGGAGGCGGCGGAACCUUUGUGAGCGGGGCCGGGCCCCGCGGCGGGAGCGAGCCGGGGACGCACCGCCCGCGCCGCGCCGUUACCGAGGCAACCGCCGAGGCGGCGGCGCUGUCCAUGCACGGCAGGAUCACGGCACAAGCGUUCAGUUUUGACCAGCAGUUUAAGCCCUAUCAGAAGGAUGAAUUUGUUUUGGCAUUUUUUAAUGAUCCAAAUGUGAACUCCAGUUUAAAGUUGCUCUCACCUUCAGGACAGUGGACUACAUUGGGUUCCAAAGUGACAAAAAUUGAAGCUAUAGUAGUGCCCUGUACACAGAUUUCCAUGUCAUUUUUUGAUCGGCUCUACACUGAAGGACUUGUUAGAGAAACUGGACACAUUGUGAAAUGUUAUGAUGAAUAUUAUGAUGAUAUUCUCAUCUCUGAUGAAUUAAGGAAGGUCUUGCUUCUGGAAGAUUCGGACCAUUAUGAUUUAUUCAGUCAAUCAGACCGCAAAGAAUUUCUGUUCUGUCUUUUUAAGCAUCUUUGUAUUGGAGGAGCUCUUUGCCAGUUCGAAGACAUGCUUGGCCCAUACUUAGAAACCACAAAAGCUUUAUAUAAAGACCUGGUGAGUGUUCAAAAGAAUCCUGAAACAAAAGAAAUAAGCAUUACUUCAACUGUCUUCAGAGUGUCUGCAUAUGACGAGGACGGCCUGCGGUACCCCUCGGGCAGGAGCCACGAGCAGACCUUCUCCUACUUGGCGGUGGACCCCUGCCGGCGCCACGUGCACGCCCUGUACCACUGCUACGGGGGCAGCGCGCUCUGCCCCUAAAACACCGCUGCUUAUGGGGCCGGGACCCCCACACCUUGCUGCGAGGCCGGGGGAAGAGUUGUGCAUAGCCUAACAUAACAUCGGGGUGUGUGCGGGGCUGUGCGCCGGCCCGGUUAAUUAAUUAAAGGCGGUUCUCCUCC